AGGCGAGGGCGACCAUGCCGCACAUAGGGCUGCAGUCGAUAUUGCACCAGCUGGAGCGAUCGAGGUUAAUCCUUACUUUCGCUCCUGGCAUAUGUGCAAUCAUAUGAUAAAUGUAGAACACGUUGUACCCUUUUUUUUGUUUCUUUCCUUUCAUUUGUUUUCUUUUGGCCAUUUAAUGUCGGAAAACCCGUCUUCUUGGCAAAUGCUCUCGUAGAUUCUCGUUUUCGCGCGUCUUGAGUCAUCGUCCAUGUGCGGUACGCGAGGAAACCUGUAUCGACGUUCGUCGACGGUUGAAAGUAGGGAAACGCGAGACGUCCCGACUUGACGAGCGCUUCCAAGUCACGUUAUCGUUCAAACGCCUCGCAACAAGAAUUGUCUAGUGUUCGAACCCUUUGAAAAUCCAAAAAGUGAGACAAACUACAUAUCGUGAUAAUAGGACAGACUGUUAUCGGAAUUUCGCGCGCGCGCGAGCGCGUGUAAGCGCGCACGUGUCUGUACAACAGCAUCGUUUCAGUGUGAAGUGUGUGCUGGGUCUUUUUUUUAUUGUUCGUGUCACAAACAGUACGCUGUUACUAAGAGGAAAGAAACGUGAAUAAGUGCGUGCAAUUUUCUUUCCAUGGAGAAGGGUGCGUCUUAAAACAAGACGAAAGUGGAGUAGAGAACAAGGAACAAUAUGAGUGAAAUGACGAGUGUUGAACAACAACAACAACAACAACAACAGCAGCAGCAACAACAGCAAGAACAGCAAUACGUAGGCGGCAGUUCAAAUUCGGAGCAUCAUUGCAAGGAUUGUGGUCUUUACUUCGAAAGCGAUAAAAGUCUCGAAGUGCACCUGAGGUAUCACCAGGAGAAUCUUCUCAGUCAGUGGGCGAGCCAGGCCCAACAGGAGGAGAGUAACAACAAUAACAGUAAGGCCGGUAAUCACAACAGUCACGUGGGCGUCAAACGUGAUAGCGUGACCGCUCCGGCAGACUCGAGCGAAUUUUCUUCGAGACCGCCCUCUCAAGAUCCUACGUCAUCGUCUCAACAUUCAUCGACACAACAACAACAGUCAGUUCACCACCAGCAGCAGCAGCAGCAAGUUCAGCAGCAGCAGCAGCAGCAAGUUGAACAGCAGCAGCAAGUUGAACAGCAGCAGCAAGUUGAACAGCAGCAGCCGCAGCACCAGCAGCAGCAGCACCAGCAGCAACAAGCUGCUAGCCAGAGCUAUAGUCAUUUUCAAACGUCGAUGUACGGUGAUAAUUAUUUCAUGCAGAACGAUCAGGCCUACAUGUUGUCCCAUCAUUACUCACCGCCACGUGAAGACAAUGGUGUGGGUGGUGUGGGUGGUGGGGGUGGAAGUUAUUCGCGUUACCACCCAUACCAACAUCAACAACACUUCCCGCCGGAACGUGCGAAUUCAGUGAGUUCUACCAGUCCGAGAAGUCCGCCACUACAAUGUGAGAAGUGCGGUGCUGUGUACGAGGAUGCGAAUCAGCUGGGUGAACACGUAAGAGCAAGUCACUCGAAUUCACCCGGAGGUUAUCCUGGACAACAUCAGUAUCAACAACUGGGUAACAGUCCUCAACAACAAAAUCAACAACAGAUGCACGCGUCGCCACCGCAAUCUAGUCAGCAGCAGCAGCAGCAACAACAAUCUGGCUAUGAUUAUAAUGGUAGGCAACCGGUAAAACUGGAUAUAACUAAGGAACCGGACGAACAGGCGGAAAUUCUCGAUUUGGAUUCACACAAGGUGCAGACUCACAGGUACGAGGAUGAACUAAUGAGAAUGCAUCAGCAGCAACAGCAGGAGUUGCAGAUACAAAUGCAUCAACAGCAGGUAAUGCAACAACAACAUCAGCAGCAACAGAGGGCUGGUGCACAUUCGGUGAGUUCUAUGUUGGCUUGGCCACCGGCCGCACAAUCUCAUGAUUAUCAUCCCGGGUUAUCGCCUAUGAUUCCAAUGGAUAGUAUUUCACCACUUUCGGAUCAAAGUCAAUUUAUACGAGGGCAACACAUGCCCGUCGAAGUACCGCGACAUCCAAAUUCUCCGAUUAUUUCAAGCACGCAACCGAUGCCCGGUCACCAGAUACCCGGGGGUCUGCUGCAACAACCACCUAAACCUCCGCCUUUAGCUAAUCAAUCGUGGAAAAGUAACGAGGCGCGGCGGCCAAAGACCUACAACUGCACUGCGUGCAACAAGUGGUUCACCAGCUCGGGCCAUCUGAAGAGGCACUACAACACGACGCUGCACAAGAACGCUGUUAAACAGAGUAAUCAGCCAGACCCAGCGAACUUGCCGAUCAGUGCUCAUCAUCAUCCUGGUAGAGAUAGCCAUUCUAGUGGCAGAGGCGGAGGACCAUCUAGAUCGCCAGAGUUAUCUUCUUCCGGAAGUCCCCCAAACUUGAUGGCAGGUCCCUCGGGCGAGGCGGCGAGGGGCCUGCUCCACACGCCCACCAAUCUUUACAACAACCACAACAACAACAAUUCGAACAGCAGCAGCAGCAGCGAAUCUUCGGCGACAAUAGCGGGGCUAACGCAACAAUCGCCUACAGCGGUGCACUUGGGCUCCACAAUGGUACCGGCACACAUUUCUCCGGUGGAAUCUCCACUGGCGGCCCAUCAUCAGCAACAAAUGGGUUCGCCGUCCUCUCAACUGGGCCACCAACAGCAGCAGCAACAACCGCAGCAGCUGCAUCACCUUCCAAUGGGUUCGCCGUCGGGCCAACUUCCGGUUCAUCCCAUGAAUUCGCCCAUGUCACCCAUGCACCCACCGCUACCGCCCCACCUGAGUUCCCCUUCACCAAUGGGCUCCCACCCGCACCACCACAUGAAUUCGCCAUCUCCCAUAACGCCGGGCUCGGUCCACCCAGCAAUGGCUUCGCCCACGGCGAUGGGGGGUACUACGAUGCCUCAUCAGCCGUACCCAAACGCCUCGCCCCCCCACGUUACACCUACUACCAACAUCCCGGGCCUGCUGGAGUCUUUCACCAUCCAGCUAACUACUACUGGUAAUGAGACGUCUUUGCCGCUCUCCGACCAAUCUCAACACCAGCAGCAACAUCAUCAUGAACACCAGCAACAUCAGCAGCAACAAGAACAGCUACAACAAUCUCAGGAUGUUUUACCCGGUUUUGGGACCUUUAGCAAUCAUCAAAGGCUCCUACCAAGUUUCACGGAAUUCAACGUAACCGGGUUUAUGGAUGACCCAAAUCAAUCAGAGGCCAUUAACGUGGGGGGGCUAAGUCCAGAGGAGAACGUAUCUCCUCAAGAUGGAUCGUUCGAAUCGUCUGAAUCGGGUUACGGUCUGUACAGAAGUUCACCGCCUCGAUACCAAUCCCUUACGAACGCGGGAGUGAACACUGACGGCAUGAUCAUCAAGCGGUAUGAAGUUCAAACGCAUUUUCUGCCGCAACCGCUUCAGCUGACCCGAAACAAUUUUGAAGCGAACAAUAAUUUACCACGAAUGAUACAAGCGAAAGAGGAAGUAAAUCCGAAUGUCGGUAGACAAAUAGUGAAAAAUGUGAGACUGAAAGGCAGUUUUGUAAUUACUAGGGAACAUCAAGUAAUCAGCACGUUCACUGGCUCACAUUAUAUUUCCCAGGACGGCUUUCACAAGUGCAUCGAAUGCGACAAGAUUUUCAACAAGGCUUGCUAUUUGACACAACACAAUAAAAGUUUUCACUCUGGUGACAAACCAUACAAAUGCAAUCAAUGUGGUAAAAGAUUCACCCUCGAAUACCUGCACGCGGAGCACCUGCUGAAGCACGCCGGUGACAAGCCGUACAAGUGUGAAAUAUGCCCGAAGCAGUUCAACCACAAAACUGAUCUUAGGCGGCACAUGUGCCUCCAUACUGGCGAAAAGCCGUACGCCUGUGAUACUUGCGGCAAGGGAUUCAUCAGAAAGGACCACAUGAUGAAGCACCUCGAGACGCACAGAAAGAAAAACAAUCAUAACGUCCAUCUAAGGACGUGAUUUGAGAGAAGACUCAACAUCGAGGACUAGCAUCGUAGAUCAAGAAACAAUGACGGUCGUUAUCUGGUGAUCUUCGUCCUCACGAUGUGUUCGUGAUUAUCAAUCGAAAGGUGAGACUCGUUUAUCGACCGAAAAUCAUGAUGGGGAUAAUCGCGACUUCUCGAAUCGAGUUUUUCUUAUUAGAGUCGAUCAGAUACUGGGAUUCAAGCGGACACCCAUCUGAUCGUAUAAAUCUUAAUAUUUUAAUCGAAU